AUGAAGGCUUUGGAGCCUCUCGAGGGUUGGCCGCCCCAGCGGCUGUUCGGCUUUAAGUGUGCUGUGGCGCCGAUUCGCUGUGCCGAGGCGAUGAUUCUCGAGUGGAUGGCGGAGCCUCGUGUGGGCGUGCUCAUGGACCUGGGGAGGAUCAGAUCCCGCCUGCCUGCCAUACUCACCGGUGCAGAUGCUGCUACAGCCGCACCUGCACCUGCUCCUGCUCCUGCACCUGCUCCUGCUCCUGCAGCAGCUGCUGCUGCCUCUGCUGUUGCGAGUGGAACGUGGGCGAGUCGGUGGGUUGCCUACCGGCGUGCGGUCAGCUUCGCUGCCUUCCUUGUGCUUGUAGUGAGGUUCCCGCGCGUUGUGAACCUGAAGAAGGCGUCUAUGUCCCGAGAAACGUCAGCAUAUUCGGAAAUCGUGGCGGAGAUGGGGGCGGGCAGGCAGGCUAAGAACGACUGCUUUGCGUCCGUGCUGGUGCAGGUGCUGGGGGUGAAGGAGAGUGGUGACCUGCAGGAAGGGUUUGGGUGCUUCGUGCAGCACCUUCUGUCAGGCGGGCUGGAGGAGGCGCAUUCCAAGGGGAGGGGGGGAGCGGAGGGGAAGGGUCCUGAGAAUGCGCAGUGGGAUGAGAAAAGGGGGACCGGGGGGAAGGCUGCUGAGGAGGCGCAGGGGGAGGAGGGACGGGUGGAGGGCGAGGGUGAUUCUGGUGGGGGGAGAGGCGGAGGGGAACCGAAGCAUAGCAGCGAGGGGAAGAGAGGCGCAGCAGCGAGGCGGUUAAUGGGGCUGCUGGGGAGCGUGGCAGAGGGGGGAAGAAUGGGCAGUGGAGGGAGAAUCUAA